AUGCAUGGUGACUCUCCACCAAUGCUGGGACAGUCGGGAAAUGGAAAGUGGUUGGAAUCCUUUCAUGAGGGCCGACCGGAGGAGCUUCCCUGUGAUCACGGAGUUGAUGUGGCAAUGCAAAGCGGGUACACCGCCAGACAGACGCCAAGCGACAUCAUGAAGCGCGGGCCACUCUUUGAUCCAGACAGUGAUGGCCGAAGCCCACUCAUCAGCGAGAUGAGUUCUUCCAGCUUUUUGGGCUCCAGCGGGUGCAGAGCUUGGCCGAUCCAGGGACCGACCAUGUCCCGAAGCACGGCCCGAGUUUCAGAUCACUCCUCGAGGCGUCCUGUGCCUUUGUGGACGGACCUCAAAGCCGCCACGGAGCCUGCCCGCGCGGCAAAGCCAUCGGGUUCUUGGGCGCUGGCAGAGGCGAGUACUCGUGAGAGCGAGGCUUUCUCCGUGGCAACCUCCAUCAGCUUCGGUCGCGAGGAUCCGCGUGUGUGUGAUGCGAGUAUGCCUGCAGCGGCAGCAACACAACCGGUUGCUUCCAGGGUUUCCAGCUCGGCAAAAAGCACACUUCCCGGCGUGGCGCGGCAGUUGGACUUCGAAGGGGUAGGAGGAGUUUUUGCCGAGCCUGACCAUAGUCCUUUGAGCUCUGUGGAUGCUUGGCACAGUCGAACAUCGUCGUUGUCCAGUCUGGACGAGCUCCGGGAGCUCAGUCUUUUGAGCUUCAGCUCCCCCAAUUCUCGAGAAUUUCGACAUGAGUCAACACAGACAGAGACGGCGUUUGCAGACAAGAGCCAUGAGACUUGCAACACCAAGCCUGCAAGCUGUGAAGUACAAUCUGUGCGACCUGCAAGUGCAACAGGGGAGAUGCCCGACGAAGCGUUACGUGGCUUUUUGCUGCAUGUUUGCACCUGCUGUAAACACUGGAAGCGCAGCCCAACUGCUGUGCAGAACCGCCCGGGCUGGAAGGGACGAAGCUCUUUAAAUUCUUUGGUAGAGGAGCGCCUGCCAUCUACGACGAAGUCUUUGAGAAGCCGCCGAUCUCAAUCCAACUCUCGACAGCAACGGAUUUCGCCGGAGACAUUCACACUUGAAGAGUUGCAGGCUGCAUCACGCUUCGCGCAAUAUCGCUGCGAUGAGCACAGACGGAGCUUGCAGCUAGGAGGGCGCACCGGCCGUUGGUAG